UAGAUGGCAGCUGGGGUGGUUUGUAUAGUGCUAAUCCUCAGCAGGGUUUUGACAUGUACACAACUGGUACUGCUACUAAAAGAGGGGAUAAUAUAACCUCUGCUGGUAACCAACAAGUUAAUCAUUCUUUCAGUUCAAGUUUUUCUGUGAACAAAGAUCUACAAAAUUCUUAUACUUCCUUUGGAUCAGUUGCUUACAAUGAAGUAAACCAUCAUCAUGGUUUGGCUAAUGGAACUUUUGAACCACAGAGCUUUGGCCCUAGUGGUGACAUUGUUCAACAGUUUAAUUAUUCAAACACAAAGAUCAGUGAACAAAAUUUUUUUUCAAAUGAUUUUACUGAAAAUCAAAAGCCCUUUAGUUAUUCUCCACAAACAAUCCAGGGUGGGGAUCAGUAUUCACAUGCCCCUCAUGUUGGGAGAUCAUCAGCUGGACGCCCUUCUCAUGCUCUGGUAACUUUUGGAUUUGGGGGGAAACUCAUCAUAAUGAAAGAUCCUAGUUUUUUGAGCUCAUCCUAUGGAAGCCAGGAUUCGGCACAAGGUUCUGUUUCUGUGUUGAACUUGAUAGAAGUUGUCACCGGAAAUAUGGAUUCUAUCAGCAUUGGAAAUGGUACCAGUGAAUAUUUCCGUGCUUUGAGCCAGCAAUCUUUCCCAGGUCCAUUGGUUGGUGGGAGUGUUGGAAGUAAGGAACUGUACAAAUGGUUAGAUGAGAGGAUUGCACACUGCGAAUCACCUGACAUGGAUUAUAAGAAAGGUGUUAGGUUGAGACUCCUUCUUUCCUUGCUUAAAAUAGCUUGUCAACAUUAUGGAAAGCUACGUUCUCCUUUUGGUACAGACACCAUACUAAAAGUAAGUUACAUCUACAGUCAUUCAAAUUCUUUUCCCCCAUUCAUGUAAACAUUGGCAACUGAA